AUGUCGUUAACAGUUGAAUUACCAGAUACAAAAAUCAGAACAGAGGGUGUUGAACAAAGUACACCUCAAUCAGAUAUUCCAUCAUUGGUUCCAGUUACACCCGCUGCACGAGAAAUAUUCGAAUCUUAUAGAAAUGUUGUUGAAUCCAAGGCACAAAAAUAUUAUCCAAUGCCGGCUACAUUUCAAAUGGUUCCUUUGAGAAUGUCUAUUAUGGAUAUUGAUGGAGUUAAAACAUAUUUUUUCAAAGUUCGUGUUCCGAAUAAUAAAUUUGUUAAUGUACGGGUUAGAUUGUCUGGUAAAGCUGAAUCUCGAGACAAUCAAGUGGCUGUUGAGUCACGUGCUAAUGGUAAUGUCGAUGAAAAUAUUACUAAAAUGUUCUAG